AUGGAUCCCAAAGUGAUCUGUGUGCUCUCUGUCAUCCUCGUCGUAGCACUCAGUACCCUGGCAGAGGGGGUAGCUGCACCAUCAAGAUGCCAGUGUAAGGUAGCCGCCCUGGAGCGGAUCAACUGUGGUUACCCAGGAAUCUCAGCAGCGGAGUGCAAGAGAAUUGGGUGCUGCUUCAACAACUCAGUCCCUGACAUGCCCUGGUGCUUUAAGCCUAAACCCAAGAAAGUUAGGAAAUUCUGUCCUACUGAUGUUCGCGGCAGGAGGAACUGCGGCUUCCCCGGCAUCACGGCUAAGGAGUGUGAGAGGAAGGGUUGCUGCUUCAACUCACAUCCCGCCGGGGUCCCCUGGUGCUUCUACCACCGUGUGGUGGAGGAAGUUAUGAUUGACCUUUCAGCAUAUCUAAUGUAG